GCCGGUAAGAAUGGUGGUGAACUUCAUUUUGGCAGAAAGAAGGUUUUUCACGAGGGGAUGAAGGCACGUAUUGAGCAGAAGAAAGAACCAGAGGCGAUGCUUGAAGCUGUCCGAUGCUGGAUGGUUCCAAGGAGACUUGAGGAGAGGUACUCAGUCCUUAUUUAUAUGCUGCUCAGGGUAGCUUUCUGCUCGUCCGAUCACGGACGUGGUGAAUUGACGCUGCGCGAUACAGAAGUUGGUUGUAGGCUCAUGCAACCUCAUCAACAAUGGCUCCAUAAUUGUGAUACUCCGGCGGAGAUUACUCGCUUAGGCCGGCGACAAUAUGAAUUGGAGAACGGAGUCGACCGUUCGCCGUCGGCCCUGAUGGGGCUUUACUCCAUCUUUCAGCAACUAUCCAGUAGCUGCAGAAAGCCCCGUUGGCUGUUGCUGAAGUUUAGUCAGUGGGUAUCAUUCGAUGGAGCCCUAAGUAUCCACUCUGACUCGGGGGAAGAGAGUGUGAUGGGCGCGCGGACCUCCAGCCAAGAUUAUGGGGGCUCGUCAAGCAUUUUCUUUGGUCAAUUUCUCUAGGUGGCUUCGCGAUGCUCAUGCCAGCAUCGCAACAGUUCGAGUUGGAAUACGAGGUCAUCGGUUAGAGCAAGGUAUAGUUGGUGCCUGGCAAGCCAUUAUCCUUGACAUCAGUGAUUGGUGGUAAGGCCUGUUCCUCUCUCGACCGAGGAGCGAACGGAGGUCCGACGGGGGGCUUAUCGGUAGCGACAGCCGGACGCCAUCCUCACGCCAUGGCGCUGACGAAUAGUGCACAGAUGCCAGGUAGACUAGUGGCGGCGCGAGUGGCACAACAAGCUUUGAAAAACUAGGACAAGCCUUCCAGACUCAAUAUGUUUGUAUGAUAAGGGAGGUUGUUCGGGGAAAUUGUGG